GAAUUCACUUCGAUGUCGGUAGCCUCUGCGAAUGCUCUGUUUUCGCCCCUCCCGAGGGGACUCCAGCGUGUGCCUCUCACCGUCGCUGCUGCACACCUCUCCCGUUGCUCUCUCUCCCUACCUUUGCAACUUCCUGUUGGUUACAUGUGUGAAGGCUUUGAAUUCGCGUGUGGGGAUUCCGUAGACGACAACAGUUCUCAGAGACCUAUUUUCGGGACUGGGUUAUAGCUUGCGUUCGCAGAAGCCGAAUUGUCAUUUGUAGGGGAAUGCGGAACCCAUUGAAGCCGGUCUGCGAGGUGGACAAGCUUUUUAGAGAAGUGUUGAGGAGACAGUGAGAGAUGACGCCUAAUUCGACGUCCACAGGGCUCUUCCCUGUCUCCAAAGAAAAGAAGACCCCAAGGGAAGCAACAUGUCAUGCAGCCACCCCCACUCAGUCCCUGCGGCGAGCAGUGAAGCCGCUCGGCGAGCAUAACAGGUCCCGGAGCCACUCGCCUGCAUUUGAUGCUUUGAGCAUGAAAGACAAAAGGAUCCCGCGCGCGCAGAAGACGAUGUUACCUGGAGUGGAUCUUUCUCGACGAUUUGCAGAUAGUAUCCACGGCCCUUGUACGCUGGCAACCAACCGGGGCGUAAUUGACGUUCGCAGUCCUCGGGGGUCGCUUACUUUGGACCGCAUACGAGAGGGAUGCCCUUCCUCGCUUCGUCGUGAGAAGAAGGCUUCAGGAACAGCAGUGAAGACAAGACUGAGAGGGGCUGCUGACACUCCCCCAGUUCAGAAAGCCAUAUCCUUCACUACGCCUUCUAAAAAAGAUAACACUGUCAAGGAUAGCAAUAGAAAGCAUGGCAUGCUAGUCAAACGAAAAGAUCUUAUCGAACACUUCAUAAUUGAGGGAAAGAAAGAGUCCAGUUUCAAACCCGCUUCAGCACCCUCGCUUUCAUCUUCGAAGUCGUUUGUUGAACUUCAUGCUGCGAGAAAUAUCGACAUUGGCUCUCGGAAUUUAAAGAGCACGCAGGUGAAUCAUCUUGAAGGUCAGAGUAAGUCUGCUGUGUUGCGGAGCGUGUCAUUGCCUAAGGGCACUGAAUUUGCGGGGAAGAUUUUGGGUAGUGAUGUAACUCCCCUUGUGGAAUCCCCAGGACCAAGAAAUAGUUUUCAUCUAAUAAUGGCGAUGAGCCGUCGAAUCUCCCGUAACACCGAGGAGAAGUCUUUCAUGAAGGAUGCUGCUUGCAAGUUGGACUCUGACUGGACAGAGUUGUCACCGCCAAGGUCCGAAGCCCUUUGUGAUCGAAACCUUGGGUUUUGGGAAGAUGGGCGAUCUGGUGGAGCUGCAACUUCUAAUCUCGGAGAGGACUUGUAUGGGAAGGAGAACUUACAUACGAGCAAUAUCACCAGCACUGAUGUAUGUGGAGAUGUUAUGCUAUCUUCUCUGCCCUGUAAGUCUCCGGAGGUGAAUAAUGGGGAUUUUACGGUGGAGGAAUCAAGCCCGAGCUGGGAUCUGCAGGAGGAUAACGUCGCACAAGAGUGGUUCCUUUCUAAGGACAGCGUGAGCUGCUUCGAGUCUUUGAUGAAGGGUAGCAAGACACCCGAACCUCAUUCCUCGAAGUCCCCAGAGCUCACGAAGAGGGCAGUAGGUCUAGGAUCUGCAGCUGGAGCUCCUCCGGGUUCUACUGGAGAGAAUCGGCAGCAGUAUGUCUCAAAUCAGCAGACCCCUCCCCCCCAGGCAACGAACUCCCCAGAAUUUUUGAAAAGGGGGUCAGUGCCUCCUUCUGCCGGGGGUUGCUUUGGCGCAGGUCCCUUGAUGGGACCCGAAGGAAUGGGGUCUGUGAAGGACAGACGAAAAUGCAAACCUCGAGGCAUCUUGACGAUUGAGGGUGAGUUCUUGUGCAGCUCUGGAAGUGCAGAAUUUUCCGACGAGGAAAUACAUAGAAAGGAGACCAUCUCCGUCCCAGCAUUGGCGUCUGUGGAGUGGAUGGUAGCUGAAGGUUAUGAUAUUGAAACUGCUGACCAUCCAGCAUCUACAGAGAGUACGUAUGUGAGUGCGCGAGACGUGAAUGCCAGCCUCAGAGUUUCGCGAGGCUCAUUUUCUCGUUUGGUGGAACGUGGAGAGCGCGCCUCUUCUGCUGUAUGCCACAGAAGAAGCAGAAGUGCUGCUGACGUUGGAUCAAGCCUAGUUUACUGGAAGAAAGGUCUGCUCUAUGAGUGGAAUCUCGCGAUGUCGGAUCAAAGGCGAGCAGCGAGCCCUUCACCCACAACAAAAGAGGAAGCAAUAGUUUCGCCAAUUGGGAAGUUGGGCGAUUUCUCUCCACCUCUCACUCGACAAAGUGAUGGCACAGGCAAUUCCCUGGUUAUUGGUGCUUUAGGGUCUUUGACUGGCACGCCUCCUAGUUGCCGCGCACUAGACUGUGAUGGUGAGGACGAAGUUGAGUCUAAGAACAGAGAUGUUGAUAUUGUUGGGCACAGAGUAAUGCCCACCGAGAAAGCCCUUCUAGGAUUUUCUCUCCAUGGACGGCCAGCAUCCUUAUCAUUGAGUUUUUCUGUGGGGUCGUCCCCUGAUUCCUGCCAAUCGUGGCAGGACAUGCCGCCAUCAGAAAGUUCAAGGUGGUCAAAUGCUAGUAGCAAGGGGGAGUGGGAUGAUUAUUUACCUAACUUCAGACAUAAAGGCUUUAGCAAGCAGUUCCAGUUACAUUCGACGAAGGAAAAGUAUGCUCCUACCACGAAGGUGGAGAUCAACGCUAGAUCUGCGUUCAGGGAAGUGUCACCUGCCUAUUCCGAUGGAGGGGACUCUGUUGUGUGCACAUCCAAUUCGAUAGUCACUCCCCCUUUGAACACCUGCGAGUCAUCUGACUGGGAUUCUAGGAAGAACUCAGUUGGCAAGAGUGCGAAAGAUGUUGAAGUGCUGAAGGACUUGAGACGCAUUUCCACCACUGCUUCGAUUUUCAGAGAUACAGCACCGGACCUCGUGGGAAUUAGCAUUUCCGUAAGUGAAGCUCCUUCUCUGAACAGCAGCCACGACUUCGAAAUUCGUACGUGCCACCAUUAUACUGAGGGAAUUACGACGAAUCAAAUGCAGAUCCCAUUGUCAAAGUCUGAGGAAGAAACGAAGGUGCCCCAAGGAAGACCUUACCUGCACGAAGCUGACUAUUCCCCCUCUUCUCUACUUAAGGCUGAUGCAUUCAGUAGGACCUGUAUAUCAGGCGUCAUACCAUUACGUUGCUGCACAACCAGUUCAGCAACUAUUUUAGCCACAACUUCCUAAAAGUUGGAAUCAACAAUUUCAGUAUUGUUCUCGAAAGUCCUGAAUGUGUAGAUAGUAUUUCUUAGGCUUGAUUUUUUGGAGUUCAGCUAGUGUCCCGCGUAUGAGUAGAAUGCAAAUGAAAAUUCGUCGGGACCCCUGUUUUACGGUAGUAGUCACGUAAUACUCUAGAUGACUAGUGCCAUCUAGGCAGAUAGAGUUGAUAAUCUUUAUCAGGAAGUUUUGCUUAGACCGCCUUUGAUCUGGAAUGAGACUGAAUGCGCUGCAAUGGGCUGUGGGGCAAAACACCUUGCCAUCGCUUGGUGCCAGAUUGCGCAUUUGCGUGUGUGUAUAUAUAUAUAUAUAUAUAUAUAUAUAUAAAGCUUUGAUUUAUUAAA